AUGGUAAAGCGUGUCCCCCCGUCCAGUGCUGAAUAUCUGCAGGCUUCGGCCACGUCUUCACCGUCGAUUACUGGGACAAAUGGACCCGCAAGUGUCUCGGCAGUGUGGUCUUAUUUUGAGAAGGAUCAGUCUGGUAAUUCUGUCUGUAAGUUCUGCGAGCGUGUGAUCAAGGGCCACCAUUCGUCCAAUUUAUUGUCGCAUCUGCGUACUGCUGGAAGGAUGGAUGUCACACAUCAACAGGCUAAUAAUGUAUGCGAGGAACACCGUGAGACGAAACGGUAUCUUAAACGUCAAAAGAUUGGGUUACAGAGUAGUCAAGGGGGUGCUGAAUACGGAUCUACAGUUCUGUACCAGUCACCUGGUGCAUCACAAGCUCUAGCUGCCGCUAUGGCCGCUGCUGGUGGCUCUCCUGGGAUGCUUGCAGCGGCAUUAAAGAGAGAUCCAACAGCCGCAGCUCUUUAUACGUACCCAACUGGGUUAACUAUGAACAAGGAGCAAGGCUCGAUCUAUGGUGUCCAAGCAAUACCGGUAAAUACUGAACAAUUUACUCAAGACUUGGCUUUAAUGGCCUUAAUGGACAAUUUACCACUAAAUUUUGCAACUCAACCAGGGAUGCAGUAUGUGAUGAACCAGUUAUUGGGAGAGAAGAAAUUGUCAUUACCAACUGAAGAAGUACUGGCUAAAAGUAUCUUGAUGCUGCAGGAAAGUGUUUUCCUCAUGACAAAAAUGGUACUGAGUAAAAGUAAAAGUGUUGCCGUGUCAAUGGAGAUCUGGAAACACCCGGCCUUGAUGAAAUUUAAACCGACGCAGUAUUUGGCUGUGAAAAUUCACUUUAGUGUCAACUUUCGGUUGUUUGAUAUUGCAAUUGGAGUUGUGCCACUGGAGGAAUCGGCUAAAUUAGAAAAUAUUAAGGACAUUCUGGACUCGUAUUUGGUACGUUUGGGUAUCAAGGACAAGAUCAUUGCAUGUAUUACGGAUGAGCUCCGGAUGAAGGUCCAGCUCACGGCACCCGACCUUCCGUCCCACUUUUUGCCUAUUAACUUUGACGGUCCAUUUGUUUCGCCCGAUGCGGCACAGAAUACACUCCUUUUAACUUCUGCGGUGCAGCACCUUCGUGUCUGCUUGACACAAGAAGUAUUUGCUAAGGCAUUUCCGGAUGUGGUGGGUCAAGUCGAGGAAUUUGUGGUCCGAUUGGCAAGGAAUGAAGAGGCAAUGCUUUCUUUAAGUCGUAAAUGCCCGCUGUUUGAUGUUGGGCUCUGUUUGGAAGGAGACGAAGCAAUGUCCUACUACGAAUUCCUCCGUACCUUAAUGGACCACCUACCUAUACUGGAGCAGAUUGCAGACGCAAACCUGGUGAAGUAUCUUCCCGCAUCAACUGUGGAAUUUAUCAGUUUGCUCGUAAAGAAGUUGCGGCCAUUUUCCCGGUAUUCAGAGGCGCUCGAAGGAGAAAAGAACAGGAAAACAGGUAGCGAUAAGGAAGUGAACAAGAAUGGGAUUUCAAGCAUAUCUACAAUUGCCGCGGCUUUAGUGACGUAUGCAGAGAAACAGGCACUGUCGGUUGCUGAGAGUGUGCCUGCCCACUUGUGGCCAGCUAUGUGGAAAAGCUUUUUCGAGGCGCUGUCGAGAAAGUUGCGUGAUCAGUUUGCGACGUUGCCGCCAGUCUGCUAUGCAGCAACACUUUUCGAUCCACGUUACAAGAAUCGUGAAUAUUGCUAUCUAUCUCCUAAGGUCGAGUGCGGUGUUGGCAAGGAAUUCCUUCGCCAGAUGUUAACACGUGAAGGUGCCAUGAUGCAGUCAUCGAAUGCUUCUGGUUCCACUGGACAGUCAAACUCUGGCGUAGACUCUGUGGCUAGGAUGACACCGUCUCCCUACGUAGAGUUGACUAAGGAGCCGGUUAGCCCAACGGGCAACGAUGUUGGACUCGGUGACGAUGAAGAUGAUGACCUGCUCUCACACUUGCCGUCUGAAUCGUCCAAGUCAUCUGUUCAUGGCGAAAAUGAGAUGAUCGCGACGUGGGAAAAGGAGCUGAGUGCAUUCUUGAGUCUGCCAGUGUCGGAGCGCAACGUAGAUCCACUGACAUGGUGGAAAACCAAUCAGCUGCGCUUUCCGCUUAUUGCACCUUACGCUGAAAUGGUUCUCUCGCUACCGGCGGCUUCUUCAAGUGGUGAGACUGUCCGAAACAACGUGUACAGUGUGCUUUUGCGCACAGAAGGACCUGGGCGUGAGGCUUCACUGGCCGACAAUCCAACAAUGGUAGAGGCUUUUCUGUGCUUCCAGAAAAACAAGGAGUACGCGCUGGAGUGGUUUAGGUCGGGAUCUACCGCCAACGGCAUCGCAGAGGCUGCAGGGCUGAGCACUGAUCUUGAUACCACUUCUGGGAGUUUUAAGCAUAUUGAGAACGUGUGA